CCAACAAUGGCACCAUAUGAAUAUGGAUAUAGAGUAUUUAUCUUGACAUAUUGUAUACUUAUUGUAGCUGGAAAUAGGACUAGGCAAUAUAAUGUGGCUAUUUUUACACGUUUAGCCCUAAUUGCUGUUGGUGCUGGAAUUUGUUUGGUGAUUAAUAUUAGUAUAUAUCCCAUUUGGGCUGGUGAAGAUUUGCAUCGUUUGGUGGUUAAAAAUUUCAUGGAUCUUGCAACUUCUUUAGAAGGUUGUAUCAAUGGUUACUUGAGCUGUGUUGAGUACGAUGAAGCUACAAAUGACUCAGAUUACAAUGGCUAUAAAUCUGUCAUAGAAUCCUCAAGUCGAGAGCAAACACUGCUUGGAUUUGCUAUUUGGGAGCCACAUCAUGGGCGUUAUAAAAUGCAUAAGACUCUUUGGAGAGAUAUGGUCAAAUUAAGCAGUGGAUUAAGACAUUGUGCAUUUAUGGUUAUGGCAUUGCAUGGAUGUAUCCAAUCAGAAAUUCAGGCACCACCAGAGAAAAGGAAGGUUUUUCGUAAUGAACUUAAGAAAGUUGGUGCAAAUGCUGCAAAAGUUCUACGUGAGCUAGGAACGAAAUUGGAAAAGUUAGAAACUCUAAGUGGUCACGAAAAUAUCCUAAAAGAAGUGCAUGAAACAGCGCAAAAUCUACAGAAAAAAAUCGAUCACAAGUCAUAUCUCUUGGUGAACUCGAAGAGUUGGGAAAUUGGAAAACCAAACGUUAUUAACAAUGUUGAUGAUUCUUCAAGUGAAAAUAGUAGUGAAAAUUUGUCAUUGAGUACUAGAUCACUAAGUGAAACAGCAAUUGACAUAAGGUCAUUGAAAGCAAAUUGGCCAACACAAUAUGCAAAAGAUCAAUUAAGUGAUCAAUUGGUGACACCAUUUAGAAGGCAAAAUCAGUGGCCUUCACGUUUAUCACUUGUUGAUGGUGAAAUUGCUGAUACAGUUGAAAUGGAGACUUAUUUAAGUGCUAGUGCUUUGUCUUUGGCUACAUUUGCUUCACUUCUUAUUGAAUUUGUUGCAAGGUUACAAAAUGUGGUUGACUCUUUUGAAGAGUUAAGUCAAAGGGCAAAGUUCAAAGAGACAAUAAUUAGUGAUAAGAGUUAAAAGGAACUUAUGAAGUAACUGAUAAAGUUGCUGUCACGAGAUCAGGAGGUUACAAGUUCGAAUCGUGGAACAACCUUUGACGGAAAUGCAAGAUAAGGGCGUGCAAUAGAGCUUUGUGAUUCGACCUUUUCUCGGAUUCCACGCAUAGCGGGAGCUUGAGUUGUAAAGGUAAUAAGUAUUGGUUAUUUGUUUGUUGUGUGAGGAGGAAAGGGAUUAGGGAAAUGAAAUUUGUAUAUUGGUGCAUAUGUGGAGUAUUUUUUAUAUGAUCAAGAAUAGCUAUGAACACAA